GAAACCCAGACCUCGGUAUGUCCAAUCCCUGGAGGCACAGACUCCAGACUAGGAAAAUCCAAGUUUGGGAAUUGAGGCUUUUAGAAACAUGGGAAGACCAAUUUAAUAAAAUUUAAAAUCGUAUUAUGUCACCAUGGGAGAAAAUGCAAACGCCUGUCCAUGGAGAACGUUCUGUCUUUUCUGAAAUAACGCUGCAGCCACUCUCGGGCCAGGGAAACGGACGCUGUUUUUAUUGUCUUUUCUACAGGCUGUGAGCUGCUGGGCUGGGCUGUCCCUGGCCUCCCUGGGGCCCUACACAUGCCCGAAGGGGAAGGUUACCUCCUGUGAGUCACCGGUCCUCUCCCCGUUGCUGUUCCCCAGGCCCCUCAGAUCGGAGGCCCCUUCUGCUCCGCAGCAGCGAUCCGUCUGGACCCAGGCAUCACUCGGAGCGAUCUCUGGCACAGCCUCAGAGGAAGACACGCUUUUGUUCCAGACGGAUGUCAGAGGCCGGGGCUGGGGCCCCGCCUGGUGAAGCCGCCUCCCGGGCGGCUUGAGGCUCUCGGAGCCUCCGACAGUGGGACAGGCGGCCUUUCGGGGUUCUCUCUGCUGAGCAGUGUGACACAGUGAAAAAAGGGAGGAAAGAGCCACAGGCCACACAGUUGCCAGGGAGAUAGGAGCAGAGUGCUGCUGGGCACGUGCGGUUGCGGCCGGACUCGGUGCCCAAACACAGGACGCAAGCGCGCGCCCAUGGAGUGAAAGGUCGCCUGGGGCCUCAGGAACCAGAGGGAAAUGGCCCAAGACGCCAGCCUGAGCUCCUUCCAGGAAUCGGAGUGGGAGGUGAUCCUCCCGGUCCUGUACCGGGACCGGGCCGUUCAGAACGUCGAGGAGGAGAGGAUACGGAAACUGAAGACGCGCCUGCAGCAGCUGCGGUGGAGAGGCGCCAAGAGAGGGGGCCAGGAGUACGCGGAGAAGUCGUGCGCCCGCUGCCGGCGCGCGCUGGGGCUGCUGCUGAACCGGGGGGCCGUGUGCCAGGGCUGCAGCCACCGCGUGUGCUCCGAGUGCCGCGUGUUCCCGGGCAGGACCCGCGUCUGGAGGUGCACCGUGUGCUACGAGGGCAGAAACGUGAGAAUCAAAACUGGAGAAUGGUUCUUUGAGGAACGAGCCAAGAAAUUUCCAACGGAAGGCAGACAGGAGACCGCGGGAGCAAGGCUCUUGCAAUCUUAUCAGGAACUGAGCAAAAUUUCCGUGGUUCCUCCCACCCCGCCUCCUCUCAGUGAGAGCUGGUGCAGCAGCAGCCCUGGCAGGCUGCAGGAACUCAGUCAGCCCAGGGGAUUCAAUAAGUCCGUGGAAAACUUGUUCCUGUCCGUCACCACCCACAUGAAAAAGCUGUCCAAGUCCCAGAACGAUGUGACCUCCGACAAGCAGCUCCUGAGCACGAGCCCCGAGCAGGGCACCGGCCGGCCGGAGAGGAGGAGCCAGUCGGACACCGCCAUCAAUGUCACGGCCAGGAAAAUCAGUGCGCCAGACAUCCUCCAAUCUCUCAGUCCAGAGAGUCCCAAACGCCCUGCUAACCCUGUUCUGAAGCAAGAGAAUCUCUUAUCCCAUCCAACACCUGGACCUUUAUUCUCAGGAGGCUCGAGACAGGGAAGUUUAAUUAGCAUUAAUAGCGCUUGCACAGAGAUCGGCAAUUUUGACAAUGCUGACGUCACCGGAGAAGUAGAGCUGGCCCUCCGAUACUGCUUCAAAACCCGUUCUCUGGAGGUCUGCAUCAAGUCCUGUAGGAACCUGGCGUACGGAGAGGAAAGGAAGAAGAAGUGCAAUCCGUACGUGAAGACCUAUCUGCUGCCUGACAGAUCGUCGCAGGGCAAGCGCAAGACGGGCGUCCAGAAGAACACGGUGGACCCGACCUUUCAGGAGACCUUGAAGUACCAGGUGGAGCCCGCCCAGCUGGCGACCCGGCGCCUGCAGGUGUCCGUGUGGCACCUGGGCACGCUCGCCCGGAGGGUGUUCCUCGGAGAAGUGAUCAUCCCUCUGGCCUCGUGGGACUUCGGAGACAGCACGACACAGGCCUUCCGCUGGCACCCGCUGCGGGCCAAGGCGGAGAAGCAUGAAGACAGCAGUUCUCCGAACCAUGGCGAACUCACGGUCCGGGCCAAGCUUGUGCUCCCUGCAGGGACCAGCAAGCUCCAGGAGGCUCAAGAAGGGACAGGAGAGGAGCCCUCGUGUGACGGUCAGCUGUGUCUGGUGGUGCUGGGAGCCCAGAAUCUGCCUGUGCGGUCCGAUGGCACCCUAAACUCCUUUGUUAAGGGCUGCCUCACUCUGCCGGACAAGCAGAAGCUGAGGCUGAAGUCCCCCGUCCUGAAGAAGCAGGCGUGUCCCCAGUGGAAGCACUCCUUUGUCUUCAACGGGGUGAGCCCUGCCCAGCUGAGGCAGUCCAGCCUGGAGCUGACCGUCUGGGACCAGGCUGCCUUCGGCGUGAGCGACCGCUUGCUGGGAGAGGCCAGGCUGGGUUCCAGGGAAGACCCCGCCGGCGGCGCUGGCUCGGGCUCACACUCCAAGCUUCAGUGGCAGAAGGUCCUUUCCAGCCCCAACCUGUGGACCGACAUGACACUUGUCCUGCACUGAAGCCCAGGUGCCGGUGAGCGGCGGGUCCUGGUGGCGGGCGCACGCACGGCUCGGCCGAAGCAUGGUGGCUGCGUGGCGGGGAAGGCCCUCUGGAGGGUGACACCUCUCCACCGGCAGCUCUGUGGUGCAGCUGGAAGGGCCUUCCAGAUCCCUCUGUGCCCGUGGAAGUUAGAGCAGUGAUCAGUGUUACCUGAGGAGUGUGGGAAGUGGCCCAAUUUCAAAUAAAUGUUGGUUACCACCGCUGCCUCCCAGCGUUUACCAAUCAGUGAAAACAGAGGCCCCGUGAUGUAGUUUCCGAGAAAAUAAAAAGCCUCCGCGUAUCUGAUCCCUCCCAUUCUACUGCAGAAGUUUCUGGAGGCAGGGCAGCCAGCCCCACGGAGACCUGGGGGGCAGACUCCCCUUGUGGGUGGGGCAGUUCUACGGGCCCCCAGAGGGACACCCAGCCCACGAGGCAUUGAGCUGGCAGGGGGUCACACCGCUGCGCCUCGCCGCUCACGUCUGCGGUGGGGGGUUCAUCCGCGCACACGGCACCUUUGCCAAAAACGACAGCGCCGAGCAGGCGAGGGAGGGAAUAAACAAGCAGAGCGGCAGCAGCGGGAGCCGACAGGCUCACGGUCCCCCAGGGGCAGAGCGGGUUCCUAUGGGGGCGCCAGCGAUCGAUCGCCAGGUCAGAGCGCGCCUGCAGGGUGGAGCCGGAAUCAGCAGCGCAUGCGCACUUUCCAAACCAGACGUGUGGACGGAAAACCGAACCGGCAGACCCGUUUCUCCGCACAAAGCGCCCGGAAAGUGUGCAAGGGCCCUUGUCACGGGUGUGGGCGCAGCAGCCGGCCAGCUUGCUGCCGCCCUCCCGUCGGAUCAGAUCGAGUGCCGUGGGGUUUUUCACAUGUACUUCUUUUAUUAUUCUGUAAAAGGUAACAAAAUAUACAGAACAAAACUUUUCCUCUUUUAAACUAAUGUUACAAACCCAUCUUGUUGCUUAUAUAUAAAUACUGUACUCUAAAGCUGAUCCUCAAUUAGGGAAGUCCAGCCAUGUCGCCUUCUAGCUGUGAGAAAACGGAAACCAAGAAAAGGGGGUCGAAGGGCGGCGCGCCCUCCCGCGGCGCUCGCCCCGGGCCACCGCAGGGUUUUGUCGGCGAGCGAGGGAACCGCCGUGCGCACGCGUGUGAGGGCGUUAGCCCCCGCGCGCACCCUCCGGGAACAGACACAUGCAGCGCAGCGUCCUUCGUAGAAUCAAGUACAGAUCAAUCAGUUUGAGCUAAUUUCAAAUACAGAAAAAAGUAUGGCACAGAAUAGAAGCCACGGUGCGGUUUUCUUUAAUUAUAGGGAAUCUCGUGUCGCGCAUGCCGGCAUGGGAUUUUUGUUACUCAGACUUCACAGGCAUCUCUCCCUCCUUAAUUCAGUCAGCCCUGCUCCAAGCACAAGACCAGAAGUGAUUCAGUAAUAACAACAA